CUUGGCCGCCCUUCACGCCCUCUUCUCGCGCGGCAACGUACGAUGGCAGCGACGCGGCGGGUGCUAGUGCUCUGCCGCCUCUCGCCGGCCUCCCUCGCCGCCCUCGCCGCCCGCUUCAGCCUCCUCGACCGCCACGCCUCGCCGCUCUCGAUGGAAGCCUUCCUCGCCGCCGCGGCCGCCGCCGCCGACCCACCGCGCUUGGCCCUCGUCCCGGGCGGGGGCGUCCGCGUCGAUGCGGCUUUCCUGGACGCCCUACCGUCGCUGCGCUGCGUCGUCACGGUCAGUGCAGGCCUGAACCACAUCGACCUCCCCGAGUGCGCGCGCCGCGGCGUCGCCGUGGCCAACGCGGCCGGGGUCUACUCCUCGGACGUCGCGGACCACGCCGUCGGCCUGCUCAUCGACGUGCUCCGGCGCGUAUCGGUCGCCGACAGGUACGUGCGGCGGGGGCUCUGGCCGGAGCGCGGCGACUUCCUGCCCCUCGGGUCCAGGCUCCGCGGGAAGCGCGUGGGCGUCGUCGGCCUCGGCAGCAUCGGGUCGGCGGUCGCGAGGAGGCUGGAGGCAUUCGGCUGCGUCGUCUCCUACCACUCCCGCCGCCGGAAACACGACGUCUCCUACUGCUACCACCCCGCGGUGCGCGACCUCGCGGCGUGCUCCGACGUGCUCGUCGUCGCGUGCGCGUUGACGGCCGAGACCCAUCACGUCGUCGACAGGCGCGUGCUGGACGAGCUGGGGAGCGGCGGCGUGGUGGUGAACGUGGCGCGCGGCCCGAACGUGGACGAGGCGGAGCUGGUGAGGGCGCUCGCGGAGGGCAGGCUCGCGGGCGCCGGGCUGGACGUGUUCGAGGACGAGCCGGACGUGCCGGCGGAGCUGCUGGCCAUGGACAACGUCGUGCUGACGCCCCACCGGGCCGCGUUCACCCCGGAGUCCAUAGCCGACCUCGACCGCCUCGUUGCCGGCAACCUGGAGGCCUUCUUCGCCGGCGCACCGCUGCUUACGCCCGUCGUCGUCUCCGGCUGAGCACAAAGAAUGUCGAUCGUCACUGACCGCGAGCUCUUCACAAAGAAUAAAACUGGCAUCGAUUAGUCCACCACCAACCGAUGUCUGCUGGUGGCUUUGUCCCUCCAAAGCAGCAGGUACGAUGAGACCAUGCACAAAUCUAAAAGCAGCA